AUGCAGAAUGAAAAUCACGGACAGUACAACAACAACUGCAAUAGGAGACGUGAGAAUAACCGGUACAACCCGGGCCACUUUGACAGGAACAUGCUAUAUAACAGACAUAAUUACCACCAAAACAACAACAAUCCCAACAGUCAGCGACAGAAUAUGUGGAACACACAAAAUUCAGGCAUGACAAAUCAUAACCCUCCACGGAAUCCGCCGCCGUUCCCCAAUACAGUUAUGCACUCCCCGCCACGAAGUAGCAAUAACAAUUGCGGCACGCCAUCAGCUGACGCGUGGGCGCCAACCGGCCGAAAUCGAAACAUAGUGGAGCUGGUCAAUGAACCCAGCCAAACACAGCAGACGACGGAAAACAGUCGACGCCCGAGCUAA